AUGGCCCCGAAGAAAGCCCCUCGUGCGCCUCAGGAGAACAUCUCCCUGGGCCCUCAGGUCCGGGAGGGCGAGCUCGUCUUUGGCGUUGCCCGCAUCUUCGCCAGCUUUAACGACACCUUCGUCCAUGUGACCGAUCUCAGCGGCCGCGAAACCAUCUGCCGUGUCACCGGUGGUAUGAAGGUCAAGGCCGACCGUGACGAGUCUUCUCCCUACGCCGCCAUGUUGGCUGCCCAGGACGUUGCGGCUCGCUGCAAGGAGCUUGGCAUUACUGCCCUUCACAUCAAGAUCCGUGCCACUGGUGGCAAUGGUACCAAGACCCCUGGCCCCGGCGCUCAGUCUGCCCUCCGCGCCCUGGCCCGGUCCGGCAUGAAGAUUGGCCGCAUUGAGGAUGUUACCCCUACCCCCUCCGACUCGACUCGUCGCAAGGGUGGUCGUCGUGGUCGCCGUCUCUGAAUUGGAGCGCGGUGGCUGCGUUGUCUCUGGGAAAGGACCGGGUUCUCGUUUGGGGGUUUUUGCUGUGGCGUUGACAACUACGAGGAGAACGGCCUUAGAUUGCCUGGUCUCCAUAUCCUGGCGCUUGUCACAUGUUGCUUAUGGCACACCUGCAGCAGAUUGAAAAUAGAGAAUCAAGGGAUGGAGCUACGAAAGUAGCCCUGAACCAACGCUGCCUUGCGUCUAGGUCAUCAGCGACCCCCAACGAUGGGUUCUCUCCAAAACGCACUGGUAUCAUGAAGUCCAUCUGUACUCUCCAGCUGCCCCGGUGAGUCGUGACUCUUAUGCCUCCAUGAACUUCCUUUUACGAUUGCCGCACGUCCAUAUCAUUACAUAGCCCCGCAUUACACAAGCUCGCAGUCCAAAUAGGGGUUUCUUGGUAC